AUGGAUGACAGUAAUGUUUCUGCAUUCAAAGGUUCUUCUUUCAUGGCUCUCUUGGUGUAUUUGGAUAAUAUUGUAAUUGCUAGCAAUGAUCCUUCUUUAGUUUUUGCACUUAAGUCCUUUCUUGAUUCUAAAUUCAAGCUUAAAGAUCUAGGGAAUCUCAAAUAUUUCCUAGGGCUUGAAGUUGCUGGAUCAUCCACUGGUAUAUCUCUUUGUCAAUGCAAAUAUGCUUUAGAACUUCUCUCAGAUUCAGGUUUAUUAGCUAUUAAACCUGUUCAAUCCCCCAUGGACCAAAAUUGCAAGCUGUCCAACGUUGAUAUUGCUAAUUUAUUGGUUGAUCAUAGUUCAUAUAGAAGGCUUAUUGGUCGUCUCAUUUACUUGACAAUAACCAGACCAAACAUCUUUUAUGCUGUAAAUACACUAGUCAGCUCCUAG